AUGUCGAUUUUGAGCUACAUUUAUCCCGCCUUUGGGAGCCUACAGGUGAUAUUACUAUCCGUUCUGUGUGUCAUCACUACACUUGUACUGUGUGGGCGGCCGAGAAAUCUGCCACCAGGACCGAGAGGACUGCCGAUUGUCGGGAACGCCAUAAGUCUGAUCAAGGGUGCUCUUCCGAUAGUCUACACUGACUGGUCAAAGAAGUACGGUGACGUGUUUACCGUGUAUUUUGGACCCUCGCGGACGGUAGUUCUGAACGGUUACGCCGCCAUCCACGAGGCACUGGUGAAGAACGCGGAGAACUUCUCAAGCCGUUCGCCGAAUCAAGCAAUGAGGACUCCAGAUGGAAAGACACACGGAAUAGCUGCUGAACCUUAUGGUCCCAAGUUGAAGGAACACCGUAAGUUUGCCAUGAUGAGUCUGCGUGACUUCGGAGUUGGGAAGAGAAGUCUUGAGGGGAAGAUUCUCGAAGAGGCACGAGGUCUCGGGCCUGAAAGAGUCUAG